AUGGCCCCGGGGGCGCCCACAUUGCUGCUGCUGUGGCUGCUGUGGUUCCCUGGCUUCCCGCCCCGCGCUGCCGGCUGCCCAGCCGCCUGCCGCUGCUACAGCGCCACGGUGGAGUGCGGCGCCCUGCGGCUUCGCGUCGUCCCGCCCGGAAUCCCACCCGGGACGCAGACGCUGUUCCUGCAGGACAACAGCAUCGCGAGCCUGGAACCGGGCGUACUGGCGCCUCUCGCCGCCCUGCGCCGUCUCUACCUGCACAAUAACAGCCUGCGCGCCCUGGAGCCAGGCGUCUUCCGCGCGCAGUCACGCCUGCUAGAGCUAGCGCUCACCGGCAACCGGCUACGCGGCUUGCGAGUUGGCGCUUUCGCGGGCCUGGCCCAGCUGCGUGCACUCUACCUGGCUGGUAACCAGCUAGUGCAGCUGCUGGAUUUCACCUUCCUGCACCUACCGCGACUGCAGGAGCUGCACCUGCAGGAAAACAGCAUUGAGCUGCUGGAGGACCAGGCCCUGGCUGGGCUUUCCUCACUAGCACUGCUGGACCUCAGCAGGAACCAACUGGGCACCAUCAGUCGUGAGGCCCUACAGCCCCUGGCCAGCCUGCAGGUCCUGCGCCUCACAGAGAACCCAUGGCGCUGUGACUGUGCCCUGCACUGGCUGGGAGCAUGGAUCAAGGAAGGGGGCCAGCGGCUGCUCAGCUCCAGGGACAAGAACAUCAUGUGUGCAGAGCCCCCGCGCCUGGCACUUCAAAGUCUCCUGGACAUAUCUGGCAGUAGCCUCAUCUGCAUCCCGCCCUCUGUACACGUGGAGCCGCUGGAGGUGACGGCCAACCUGGGUGAGGACCUGCGCGUUGCCUGCCAGGCUUCCGGCUACCCGCAGCCCCUGGUGACCUGGAGAAAGGUGGCCCAGCCUCGUGAAGGGCAGCCACGGGCCCAGAUCCAGCCAGAAGGCGGGGCACCGCGCCCAGGCGGGCCCGGCGCCUCUGACACGGGCAGCGGCAUGCUCUUCCUCACCAACAUCACCCUGGCCCACGCUGGAAAGUACGAGUGCGAGGCCUCCAACGCCGGCGGCGCCGCCCGCGUGCCCUUCCAGCUCCUGGUCAACCUGUCCCAGCAGCAGCAGCUGCAGCUGGCGCCCCCGCCGCCUCCGGCCGCCGGCCCCGUCAGCCACGAGCCCCUGCAAGAGGCCGGCAGCAUGGCCUUCCGCGCCCUGGGCCUGGCCACCCAGACGGCCAUCGCGGGCGCCAUCGCGCUCCUUACGCUCACGGCGCUGCUGCUGGCGACCAUGAUCUGCCGCCGGCGGCGCAAGAGAAAAAAGGCGCCGGGACUGCCGGGGGAGGGCGCGCUGUUCGUCAACGACUAUUCGGACGGGCCCUGCACCUUCGCGCAGCUCGAGGAGCUCCGCGACGAGCGAGGCCACGAGAUGUUCGUCAUCGACCGUUCCAAGCCACUCUUCGCCGAGGGCCCGACGGAGGCUGCCGAUGGCGCAGCAACCGGGCCGGCGCAGGGCCUCCCGCUGCAGCCGCCGGCAGCCUACGAGAUCCACUGCUGAAGAGUGCGGCCCAGAGGGGCGGGCGGGCGGGCGGGCGCUCGCUGAUGACGUAGUCUUCGCGGAUUGGCAGGCCCGCGGGCUCGCCCCGCGCAUGCUCCAGCGCAGUCAGUAAAGGGUAAAAGCUGCGCAGUGUGCGGCGAGCCGUGUGUGGGAUCUGGGGGCCCGAGGGCGGGGCGCAGGCACCUGCGGACCCCCAGCUCUGCGGACAGAAUCCCUAAGGCGUCAAGGGACGGUGGCCGAGGAGGCUCCCCACGGCCCUACCGAAGCCCUCCAGAAAAGAUCCCUCCAGCAUCACCCUAAUCGCUAGCUCUGCAGGUCCGGCCACUGGCCCGCCAGCCUGCUGGAGGACCUGGGGCCUCCCCAAGGUGGGAGAGGCGAAGGGCUGUGGAGGUGCCCAGGAAAGAGGGAGGGGGACAGCAGACCGGAAGACAGCUGUUACCCAGUGGCUACGCUGGAGGGGACAGCAGAGCCAGUGACAUGUCAUUCUGACCAGUUAGGACAGAAAAAAACACCACAAAUUUAAGUUCCAAACAC